AUGGGUUUUGCUAUUUCCGCUAAAACUGCAAACACUGCAGCAGCUGCUACGUCAUUUAUCUCAUUCCUGUGUCUUUUAUUAGUGAACUUGGGGACACCAAUUAUCAAGUCAAUUUAUAUUACGAUUUAUGAAAAUAGUCAUCAAAGUUAUGAAUUAAGGACUAGGUUAUUUGGAAUAUAUGGCGAGUGUACGCAAUUUUAUAGUGAUAGUAAUAGUAAUGGUGAUUUUACUAUUUAUGAAUAUUAUUGCGUGGAUAAUUUUACACCUUCAAACUUUUUUGAUGGUACAAAAUUUUUGUUGAUUAUGCAUGCUAUUGGUGUAAUUACAUCAUUAAUGUUGCUUUGCAUUGGAAUUUAUGCUCGUAGUCAUGUUGUGAAUAAAAUUAUGACAUGGGUCUUUGCAUUAUUUAGUUCUUUAAUCAUUUUGUUAGCAUUGGCAGGACAAAUUGAUAUGUUUUUAAAACUCCAAGAUUGGUUUAAUAAAAAAGAGAGUUAUGCAACCUUGCAACUUGGAGCUAGUGGAUUUAAUCUUGUGAUUAUAUCUUUUAUAUUCUCACUCUUGUCAGUUCUUGCAUUUUACAAAGGAGAUCAAGUUGUAAGUGAAGCAGGUGAUGACAUCAAUGGUUCCAACGAUAAUGAAAAUAUGAACACAGUAAUGACCAACCAGCAGAAACCUGUUCCUCAACAAUCACAAAUUCCACAAUCUUAUUUAAACCCUCAAUCUGAUACAAAUCAUCAACCUUAUUUGAGCACCAACAAUCAACCUGUUGUUUAA